CGUGUCAGGCACCCAGAACUCCGCGCGGGAGGCUUUCGAGCGGCGGUCAGGCGACCGAUGGUGCCGCGUCGACUAACCCAGUUGGAACUGCUCGGUGGAAAAAUUCUAGCAAAUGUAUGCUGUUUGUCAUUUAAUCCAGACCUGUAAGCUGCCAGUUAGGUAGCCAUCCUGAUUAUACUUUUUAUUGCUGGCAAUGUCCAUUAUCUUGUCCGCUUCAGUGGUCCGUGUGAGAGACGGACUCCCUCUGUCUGCCUCUACCGAUUAUGAGCAAAGCACAGGUGUACAAGAAUGCCGAAAGUACUUUAAAAUGCUUGCAAAAAGACUCACUCAACUCCCUGAUCGAUGUACCCUGCAUGCAGGACAGUAUAACAUAAAUUUUAUUAGUUCCCUGGGAGUGAGUUACAUGAUGCUCUGCACUGAAAAUUACCCCAAUGUCCUUGCCUUCUGCUUCCUGGAUGAGCUUCAAAAGGAGUUCAUUACCACAUACAACAUGAUGAAGACAAAUACAGCAGUCAGACCUUACUGUUUCAUUGAAUUUGAUAAUUUUAUUCAGAGGACCAAACAAAGAUACAACAAUCCACGGUCUCUGUCAACAAAGAUAAAUCUUGCUGAUAUGCAGACAGAAAUUAGGCUGAGACCACCUUAUCAGAUUUCCUUGUCAGAACUGUGUUCAGCCAAUGGAUAUCUGUACGGAUCUCUACCAGAAAACAAAGAUACAAGAAAAAUAUCUCCAGCUCCUCACCAGCGACUGGAACCUGUGACAUUAUCGGGAAUUGUUUCCUUUCUUCUUAGCCUUUUAUGUGGUGCUUUGAAUUUAAUUCGUGGUUUUCAUGCUAUAGAGAGUCUUCUGCAGAAUGAAGAAGAUGACUUCAGUUACGUUAUUGCCUUUUUCCUUGGCACAGCAGCUUGUUUGUAUCAGUGCUAUCUGUUUGCAUAUUGCACGAGCUGGCGGAACAUUAAAUCUUUCCUAACGUUUGGCUUAAUCUGCCUGUGUAAUAUGUACCUUUAUGAAUUGCGCAACCUCUGGCAGAUCUUUUUUCAUGUGACUGUGGGUGCUUUUUUAACAUUGCAAAUCCGGCUAAGGCAGCCACAAGGGAAAGCUCCCGAUUACAAUGUGUGACGGAUGUCCUCUGAUAGUUUCACGGCAAACUUCAUCCGAACAGUAUUCUUCUCAGGAAUGAAAAGCUUUGCUGCGCGAAGAGAAGUUCCCUGUACUCUAAGGCACUAAUAAGUUGACAGCGAAAUUCUUCCUCAAAGAAUAACUUUUUUAAAAAAGGUCCAGGAACUAAUUGGGGUACAAAUGCAAUCCAGUGCUGGAGAAUAUACCCCAAGGAUAAAUGAGAAUUUGGAGGGCAGCAUGAAAAGCUCCAUAUUCAGAACUCUGACAACGACAAGAAUCUGUAUUGGACCUGCUCUGCAUAUUAAGUGAUUUCUCCAGUCCCCAACCAGUUUUGCCUUUGUGAGGCAAGAGAAAAGGCUGAAAUAAAGGGAUGGUAUUGCAUAUUAACAAACAGUUCAGUAUGAAUGAAUUCCUAAAUGCCAGAUUAUUGGAUUGCACAUAAAUUUAAUGGUGUGUGUCUGCAUUUUCCUUAAUUAAAACCUAACCCGGAAACCAUCUGUUCAUGGGGAUUAGUUCUUGAGCCCCAAAGGCCUGCCAUCUAGUGCUGAGUUAAUUAUGAACUGCAUUAGUACUUCUUUUCCUUCUUCCUUAGAUUAAUGUGCUUUGAAAGAGAGUUAGAAAAUGACCUUAUCUGCCCCAAUGCAUAAAUAACACCACCACGUUUUCUCUUCAGUUCCUUAUCUAAUGUUUGACAGAUUAAAAAAAAAUCAGUUUGUGACAAGAGUGGGAGGAGACAGAUGUUAACUUUUCUCUGUAUAAUAUAAAUCAGAAAAUGAUCUAAACAGUUGACUAGACUAGAUUUAGAAAAAAAGCUAAUCCUUAGCCAUUUCCAUUUCUCAUGAAAAUAAUUAGCGCGGAAGAAACAGAGCUUUGGAUCAUUGCAAUUUAUUUAUUUAUUUGUUAGUGUUAUAGCCUAACUUUAUUCCACCUUUCCCCACCACCACCCCAGUCUACCCCAAGAAUCCCGUGAAGUAGCUGGGGCUGAGAGAGAAUGACUGGCCCAAAGUCACCCAGAGAGUUGCUGUGGCUGAACAUGGACUAAACCUGGUCUCCCUGCUAGAUCACGCUGGCUCUCAUUGCCAAUGUAUAAUUUGCAGGGUGAACUGCCUGUGUUAAUCAACUUUUGUAUCUGCUGCAGGUAGGAUACAAGUAGCAUGGCAAGACUGAGGCUACAGCUUUUUUUUUUUUUUUGGAAUGCAGAGAUUCACAAUAUGUAUUAAGCUUGUUUAGGCAAAAAGUAGGGGUUAGAUGAGAACUAUGAGUAUUUGAAAAGAUGAGUAGAUGAGCUGAAUUCCAGACGAAAUUAGGAACCGUUAAAGCCCACUGAAAUCAGUGCAGUAGGACCUUUAAGUUCCUUUCAGAUACUGUCUCUCACAUAGUGGGAUGCAAGAACUGUUCAGAAUGUUGUUGGAUACUGUCGAGCAAUUUCUUAGCCAAAAAAAAAGUGGUGUGAAGAUCCUAGUAGUUGGAGGCCAAGAGACCAGCACUGUUGGGGGUAGAGAAACCAGGAGACCAGUACUGUUUCCAGGCACAAUAUAAAUCAUGUCACUGAUACGAGAUAAAGGAGGUUUCUCUGGGUGAAUUCAAUGGCAGAAUAGGGUAAGACCAUACUGUCUGCAGUGAAAGAGCUGAGCAAAAUUUGGUUCAAGCAAAGACAUUAAAAGUUCCUCCUUGCAUUAAUACAUUGCCAUUUCUUAAAAUAUUUAAUUUUAAGGAAGAAUUAUAUUGAAUCAGGUGUGCUGAAAGAUAGUUGGAAAACUUUCUGAAAAAAUUGCAGGAGAGAGAGAUUUGUUUUGGAGUACUGCAAUCCUCCAUAACCCUCACUAAUGACCUAGUAUUUGUCCCUUGGCUUGAACCUCAUGUCACCUGCAAGUUGUGAUAAUCGUAGACUGAUUCAGUGGAGGAAACAGUCUUUGCUUGGCCUCAUAUAGCACAUUACGCCAUGAUUUGCUUAAUCACAAUUUGAAUAAGCCAUAAUUGCUUGGUUUCGUACAACGCUAAGCCAAAAAAUAAAUCUUAUUGUGGCUUGGGUUUAUACAAGCCCAACCUCUGUAUUUUUGCCAGUAAUGUAAUUUUCAGUGUUUCACAUAUUAGAUCCUUUUCUACAGCAUUAUGAUUAUAGUACUUUAUGGGACUGCGCUAAGCCAGCAAUGAAAAGCCAAUGCUUUAUGCCUUAAUUAAAUUUAUGGUGUACACUCAUGUUCUACAGGAGUGAGAAAGUGUAAAAUAGCUCAUGAUAGAUAUUUCAUAGAGAACCAGAUGAUAACAGUGAUCUCAGAAGUGGGUGCCUGUCCUUGAAACAUUAAAUAUACAAAGGAUUUCUUAUAUAUGGAAACUGUUUUGUUU